CAAUCCUCUUCUGCCCUGGAAGCACUCAGAGAGACAGGACUUCAGCAUGUAGCUCAUGUGCUUCAAGUUUAAUUGCUUUGUUUAUGUUUAUCACGGACCAUUCAUUUUUAAACAGAUGACACCUGAUGACGAAAUAAACUAAUGGCUGAUGACGCCAUAGAUCCAGAGGAUGACGGAGAUCUACAGUCUCAAAUCGAGGAGGUUGAGGCUCUGUCGUCCAUUUAUGGUGAUGAAUGGUGUGUUAUAGAUGAAGCGUCCAGAAUAUUUUGCAUCAAAAUAUCAUACGACUUAGAGGAGCCAAAGCUGACAGCAUGUUUGCAGAUAAUUCUCCCACCUGAUUAUCCGAGCGCAGCACCCCCCAUCUACCAGAUCAAUGCGGCGUGGUUGCGAGGCCCUGAGAGGGCCAAAUUGGCAAACAGCCUGGAGGACCUCUAUGUGGAGCAUGUGGGGGAGAGCAUCCUCUACCUGUGGGUGGAGAAAAUUAGAGAAUUCCUGGUGGAGAAAUCCCAGAGCUCUGAAACAGUGGAUCAACCAGAGAAGGUGAACAUGACGACUGAAGAGGAGGUGGAUGAUGAUGAUGAUGAAGACAUACCUGACCUCAGGACUCUCAAUCUUAACCCACAAAAUGCACAUCUUUUCGUGGAUCAUUCAAACGAUGAAGAGGUUCCUCCAAUAAAACAUGGAAGUACCAUCACAGACCGACGCAGCACCUUCCAGCCACACUUAGCACCUGUGGUGACUCCCAGACAGGUUAAAAUGGUCCUGGGAAACCUGUAUGAAAACAAGAAGAUUGCUAGUGCCACUCAUAAUAUUUAUGCAUACAGGAUUUUCUGCGAGGACAAACACAGCUUCUUGCAGGACUGCGAGGACGACGGCGAGACAGCUGCAGGGGGAAGAUUGCUCCACUUACUGCAGAUUCUGGAUGUGCGUAAUGUCAUGGUGGUCGUGUCUCGGUGGUAUGGAGGCAUUUUGUUGGGUCCUGAUCGCUUCAAACACAUCAACAACUGUGCGAGAAACAUCCUGGUGGAGGAGGGAUUCACUGCCUCCAUGGAUGAGCCCACCAGAUCAGCAGCCAAGACCAAAAAGCCGAAAAGCAAGAAGGCAAAAUGAAUUUGAAAAGAAGAAAGACCUGAACUCAAACACAUUUGUGUAAUGUUUUACAUUAAUUCAGCUGAUUCACAUGCAUCUUAAUGGACAAACAAACAGUAAUCCUUUGCUAUUAGAAAUAAUUUAUUCAAGGUAUUAAGAUGUCAACUGUUAUUUCAAGUGGAUGUUUUAACAUUUUUGACAAGCAAACCUUGAAAUGAAAUAUUUACAGUACAUUUUUUAAUUAAAGCAAUCAAACCAUGGGGAUUUAUACACAAA